UCUUGACCUUGAUGAAAUCCUGCCUAAAGAGAAGACCCAUAGUCAUCCUUGGGAAAGAUUUAUAAAAGAUGCUUACUCGAACAAAAUAAAAACUGCACAUAAUUCAAUAAAUAAUCCUCACUAUCCAGCAAAGAAAGAAAAAGGUAGUGGAAAACCGAUUGAGCAAGUAAAAUUUACGGUUAUUGGAAAUAGAGUUACCAAGGAAUAUAUUUAUUGUAUCAAUAUGGUAAAUGGUCUCUAUAAGUACAGGAAAGACUACUUUGAACCUCCAGUUAUAAGAGGAGUAACUAGCGUUGAUUGGCCACAUGUAUGGAAUGAUUUAAAAAUUCAAUACGGUGGUGAAGCCUACUGCUUAACGUCUCAAGUCGUAGUAUUCCUGAAUGAUAAAAUCAUUGGCGGAGAUAAGGAACUAACAGAUUUAAUUGCAAAGAAAUACACAUACCAUUUGUCAUUGAAUUAUUAUUACGAGAGUGUCAAACAGUUUUCAAAUUUUAUUAAAGGCUCUGGUAGACCUACAGUUUUCAUGCACAUAUCGAUAAAUGAUGAGCACAUUGGAACGCUGAUAUUUAUGCUCUACGCCGAUGUAGUACCAUAUACAUGCGAAAACUUCUUGCGUUUGUGCAAAGCUACAAAAGGCGGGUACAGCGGCACCCCAGUGCACCGUAUUGUGAAAGACGGUUGGAUACAAUGUGGAGGUUUCGGGUUGAAAGGCACGAAGCUGGAUUGCGAAAAUUUUAUAGUACCGCCUGAUAAACGGGGAGUGCUUUGCAUGGCUAAUGCUGGCAGGCAUGUGGAUUGCUCAACUCAAUUUUUCGUCCUUCUUCAACCAUCCCCUUGGAUGCUACACAAAUAUGUAGCAUUCGGUCAGCUCAUAGACGGAGAUGGCACUCUGCGUAAAAUUGAACGUGUUGAGACUUGGUAUGAAUCUCCGAAACAAGAUAUCAUUAUUUAUCAGGCUGGGAUUUUGAACAUAGACUGUCAAGAUAUAAUGAUAAAUCGAGGUGCACAUGAAUAUAUACAUGGACACAUUGAAGACCUCUUCGCACUGGGAGAAGCGUUUUGGGAGGAAGUAAUCGCCAGAGUAUUCUUGGAAAUACAGAUACGCGAAAAUGCAAUGCUUGAAGCACUCGAAACUGCUGAAGGUGAGGAAGAACCAGUUUCAAACGAUUUGCACCUCCAUGCCACCGCAAGGUUCAUGAAGAAAGGAACCGCACCUAAUAUGGCAAAAGGUCAAAAAUCUAAGAGUCAAGAUGACGCAAAGUCAUCACGGCCCGGUGAUCAACAACCACCGGAAAGUGAACAUGAAAAUAAUGAUUUCGAUGUAUCAGAAUACCAUUAUGAGCCAGAAGAGUACUACAAGGAUAAACACGACUUGAUAUCUGUGAGAGAAUCAGAAAGUCUCGUAGUUAAACCUGAAAAACCAUAUUAUAUACCACUUACAGACGUGCCUUAUCCUGGAGAAGUGAGUUCAGAAUAUGACCUGAAAAAAUUCGUAAGAGGCGAUUACUGCUUAGAAACAGACCUGAAAGCGGAUUAUAAAUUAGAAGAUGGUGUAUACAUCCAUAAAGUUGACACAUUCCCGGCAGAAAUAUUGCAAUUAGCAUCAAAGGAGUCUUCGAAUGCUUCAGAGUAUUCGAUAGAUUCGGACCAGGAAGCGGAAAUAAAGCAGUUUUUAAAAUACCACACUGACAGUACCAGUUUUGCCGGCGAGGUCGUACGUGGCAUAUCAAGAGCUAAGCACGAUGCAAUUUUGUUCAACCCGAGAAAAGCUGCUUUCACUGACGCAGAACUUCGUUUCAAAAAGUUCACACACUCGGACGCCCAAAAGUUGCACAACUUCAAAAAUAGGCAAGUGUCUAUUGCAGCCCCUGAUUCCUCCACCCACCAAGCAAAGAAAAUUAAACGGAAAGCAACUGGUUUUUUUAAACCUAGCGAUUGGGAUUUAGAAAACGAAGACGAUGACAGUAAUGAUAAUCUAAGGACUGUACGCAUAGACCCCAGUUCAGUGGCCUGGGCCCCCGUGUCCAAGAUUAUUCGCAGGAACACUGCCUUCUCACGACCAGGCGCUUUCGAGUCCGGUGUGGAUUUGCACGUCACGGUAAAUCGCAAACGACCCGAACUGUUCCGAUUCCUCGAGGCUGAUGAGGAAAUAUGUUGGGCACCAACUUUGAAGGAAUUCAAACGUCAAUCUUCAGAGAUGAAUAGCAUGAUGUUAACAAAUACAAAAAUAGAAGUCACAUCAGAAGACCAAGUGAAACAUUAUCGCCCAUAUUUGGCCAAUGACAUUUUGGUGUCCCCUAAGACGCACGCCCGUAGUAUGGAAUCGCUGAAAAACUCCUUGCAUAGUGUCGCGUUUGCGAAGAGACGGCCCUCCAUGUCAGUCGAAGAAUAUCAGUUGAGAAAUCAACAAUAUCAGCAAAAGAUGCAGAAGUAACAUAGCUAUUUAAAAUGACGUUAUUUUUAUUAUAAAUAUUUUUAAUGUUAGAUAGUUACUACCUGUUUCUAAGUAUUUUCUUAUUUGCCUCUAAUCAUCAUUAUUAUAAAAUGGCAGAUCAAUGUUUGUUACAUUUUUUUGACAAAAAAAGUUUAUAAUUUUAAUUUCGAUUUGAUAUAAAUCAUAUUUUUGUCACCUUGUAUUAUUUUAUUUCAUUUAAUCAAUGUAUUUCAUAAACAUGUUAUUUUGGUCAACAAUCUACAUUACAUGAAAUACUUAAAUAACGAAAUUUUGGUUUUCUUUUUCUUGAGUAUCAAAGAGAAAUAAAAAAAAAACUUCAUUACCAAAUUUUCCGAAUUUAAAUAGAACCGUCCGCAGGUGGACUAGCCAAAUGCAACAUCGACUUAAAAUGGGAGGUUUUGGAGAAUAAUAAGAUUAUUCCUAAUUAAAAAAAAAAAACAUUUAAUCACACCGAACUUGAACUUACAAUUUCACGUAACAUUUCCAUUGUAAAUAAUAAUACUAGGCACAAUAUACAUUAUUCGAUACCUACAUUAUUAGUACUUUAUACCUCACUUCCCAUUUACUGUAUAUUAGACAGGUACGAGAUACGUUUCAUCAUAAUCAUUGGCCACGCCAAGCCAAGGAGAGAAGCUACCUAAUAUUUUUUAUACAAAUAGCUAUCUACAGGCAUUUAGCUAUACUUAAACCUUUCGAACCCAAUACAUCAAAGCUGUCGUACCUAGUCAUGUACACAAAAUAUUAGAUUAUGGUUAUGGCGUACACUGUAGGUUAACCUUUACAAUUUUCAGUAAGGUUUAUAUCUUUAAAUCUAACGCGCCUCUGACCCUGCCACGUCAUUGAGGGUUUUAUGAUUUUUAAGUCGCUUUAGAGUUCAAAAGGUUAAACACCUUGUAUAUUAGGGUGAAAAAUUCUCUCCUUGGGCUGUUUAAGGCCGUGCUACACGGUGGCCAACCAAGCUUUCCGUGGUCCAAAGACUCUGACCUGACGAAUUUGAUACACAGGAUUGAAACUAGCAGUCACCUCUGCCGGAAGCUUUUUAUCCGUGUAGAUGGGACUUACACUGUACAUACGUUGACGUUUCACGAGUAUAUGUACAUAAUGUACAUUAAGUCAGUUGCUGCAUCUGAUGUUAACGAUGUUACAAUAUAAUGUAACGCCUUAAUACGCGACAUAGCGACAAUCGACAUUAGUCAUAAGGUACCUUUAUUGUGGAACGUCACAUAUUCCACAAUAAAUUGCACAAUUUCCGUUUUAGAAUAUUUGUGUUGUGACGACAGACGACUCUUAUUUGGUGUUAAAUGAUAUUGUAAAGUCGAGUUCAUAAAUAUGUAUACAUGUUUUCACCUUAACUUACACCUGGUUACAAGAGGGUGAAAAAAGGUUCACAUAUUUAUGAAUUCGACUAUAAAAAAAAGUUAUUUUAACAGUAGAAAAUCAAGCAUCAGGUACUACUGUGAAGCGCUAACUUUGGAUUUCCUCAUAAUACAUUUGCACUAAUAACUGUGAUAAAAACAUAAUAUAAAGGAUAACAUAAAUUUCAUAUAAGAAUAUUAUAGUAUUGCAAACAGACCUGUUUGUCAUAAUUGAAUCAUAAGAAUUGUCUAAUUACA